GUACUAUAAUAGGCUGAGCGCUACGCUCACAUCCUCUUACGCUCUAGCUGAAACAUUCACAGACCUUACAUAUCCGGUUACCGGUACUAUUGGCGAUGCUACUUUUCUUCCUUCGAUCUACAUCUCAUCCUCUAUAUAAGCCCGAUAAUCAGAAAACGUCAGCAACUACAUUCGCACCAUGACCCAAGUCGCGGCGAUGUACAGUUUCACUGGCGCAAACAUGGCUUCCUUUAUGACUGGUCUUGGCAUAUCAUCUAUAGUUUUCUUAAUUUUGAGCGCACAAGUCUGGGUCUAUUUCUGGAGACAUAAAAUCCGAUCUCGGGAAAACAGGCAGAACAAUGCUCUCGUUAUUUUCAUCUGGUUAAUACAAGCCGCUCAAAUGGUAAUUACUACUCAGCUCUCGCGCAUUCAUACGAUGGAGUUCGAGGAUAAAUCCCAUUUCUUUGGUUUUAUGUUGACGGAAUGGGGGAUUUACAUUGGAAUAGGUUCCUUGACCACGUCCCUUGUACAUGGUGUUUUCAUAUGUAGGAUUUUCAGACUUGAGAAGAGUCUCUGUGGCAGACGGAGAAUGUCAUUCGUUUCGAUUGCAUUUUUGGCCAUGGAGCAAGUUUUUGGUCUUCUUAGUACAAUCUGCCUCUUCAAACUACACGAUCAUCCUAACUACAGUGCCGUGGUUAUUUGGUCUAUUUUAAUCUCGCUUGGUUGUUCAGCAAUCAAUGAUGUUCUUAUCGCUGGAACUUUGGCUUAUAUUCUCCACACACACAGGACUGUAUCGCCAAGAACGAACCAAAUGAUCACGAAACUUGUCAUAUUCUGCUCGCAAACGGGUUUAAUUACAACCGUGACGGCAUUCAUCACUAUGGGACUUUGGGCAGCUUGCCGUCUCGAUAUUAACCAUCUAUAUAUGUGUUUUCCUAUUGGAGGCUUAUAUGCUACAUGCCUUCUUGCCAACUUCAUCGCUCGGGAAUCCUACCUGCAGCCACAGACAGUCCACCAAACCGAGAAUUCUGAAAUCAGUUUUGCACGUUUCACGCAGGCGAUUCAUGUAGGCUUACCAGACAAUCACACCGGGCAUCAGGAAACAUUGGUAAUGCAAGGAGGAACAAAUUCCUCGAAAGAUUCCUCGAAAGCGUCCUCUUGUUGAGUUGAGUCGCUAUAAUCCUUUGGGCAUAAUGCCGCCAUCUCGGUGUUGUCGUAUUACAUUCAUCGGCCGUAGUCAGACCGUUAGUAGAGGGAAUACAGAUAGUUUAUUACCUGAGAUGCCUCGUCCUUCUCUACCAUGAGACUUACUGAUGAAGAUCUCUAUUAUAGCCUUGCUUUAACACAGCUUUUAAACUGCGGACAUGUUUAAUCAUAUACAUCUAUCUUGCAGACACGUCGAGCUCACGUUCUCCUCACGACUGU